AUGAUGAAGUGGAAUAUGGCAUCGUGGCAUCCGUCAUCACCAGACAACAAGGAGCUUAAGGCUGGCAGGAGAAAUGAAGUCCAAGUCAAGUCGUACAGCAAGCAAGAGGUGGCCAAGCACAGUUCAAAGCAGGACCUCCGGAUCAGCGUCCAUGGCAAAGUCUACAACGUCACGGAAUACGCGAAAGACCAUCCUGGCGGAUGGGAGGCUUUGAUCGAAGUAGCCAGCCAAGAUGCCACCAGUGCGUUCGAGGAUGUCGGCCACUCCGAGGAUGCCAGAGGGAUCAUGCACGCCUACCUCGUGGGCGCUUUUAGAGGAGCUUUGCCCGAGGCCCCCGAGGCAUUGAAUCCGAGUCUGUCAGGUGUCGCCCAGGUCGUGCGAGGAGCUCCCACCACGGAAUCUAAGAGCGGCAGCAGCAGCCUGCUCAACCCGCGCACUGAACCUGCAGUCUUCGCAGUCGCAACAGCGGGACUUGUGUAUUUCGUGAACAUCGUACAUGGACGGCCACCGACAUCAGCGGGCGGACCCCCAGCUCCAGGAGCACGCUAA